ACGUCGGAGAAGACGAGUACCAUCUCAUGUCCCUCGUGCUGAACCUCGCCAACACGUUCCUCUACAUGGUGAACACCUACAUCGUCGUCCCCACGGCCGACGGCUACGCCACCAGCCUCGGCGCCGCUGCGACGGCGUGCGGCGCCGUCAUCGGCUCCAUGGCCGUGGCGCAGGUGUUCUCGUCGGUGUACUUCAGCGCCUGGUCCAACCGGUCCUACUUCAGGCCGCUGCUGUUCAGCAGCGUGGUGCUGCUCCUGGGCAAUGUGAUGUAUGCCAUGGCGUUUGAUCUUGGCUCCCUGACGAUCCUCCUCCUUGGACGUGUUCUCUGUGGUAUGGGAUCGGCGAGAGCUGUGAAUCGGAGGUACAUCAGCGACUGUGUUCCUCCAAGAAUCCGGAUGCAGGCUUCUGCAGCGUUUGUCAGCGCUAGUGCUCUAGGAAUGGCCUGUGGCCCUGCCCUUGCUGGUCUUCUUCAGACAAAUUUCAGCCUGUAUGGUCUCACCAUCAACCAGAUCACCUUGCCUGGAUGGAUCAUGGCGUUUGGUUGGCUUGUGUACUUGAUCUGGCUGUGGAUUUUAUUUCAAGAACCGGAAAAUUAUUCUUUUCUAUCUAAUGCAGGAUACAUGGAGCAAGAAAAGAUGGAGCAGGGUUUCACCGAGCAUCUCCUGCCAUCGGAGCAAGACGAAGAAGAUGACAAUGGCGACGAGGAGCAUAACGAGACACUGUCAUCAUCGACGACCACACUGAGGCCAGCUUCGUCAGUCGCCUCAGCCUACACGCUGCUGACUCCAUCGGUGAAGGUCCAGCUGCUGAUCUACUUCAUGCUCAAGUACGCCAUGGAGAUCCUCCUCGCCGAAUCGAGCGUGGUCACCGGCUACUACUUCGGCUGGGACAUCGGCACGGUGUCCGUGUUCCUCGCCGUCCUCGGCCUCAGCGUCCUCCCCGUCAACGCCAUCGUCGGCACCUACAUCAGCAACAUGUUCGAGGACAGGCAGAUACUGGUGGCGUCGGAGAUGGCGCUGCUCGCCGGGGUGAUGCUGAGCUUCAAGCUGACGGUGGAGUACACGGCGGCGCAAUACGUGUGCUCGGCGGUGCUGACGUUCGUGUCGGCGGAGGUGGUGGAAGGGGUGAACCUGUCGCUGCUGUCGCGGGUGAUGUCGGCGCGGCUGUCGAGGGGGACGUACAACGGCGGGCUGCUGUCGACGGAGGCGGGGACGGUGGCGAGGGUGGUGGCGGACGGCACCAUCACGGCGGCGGGGCUGCUCGCCGGGGAAGGGAGGCUGCUCAACGCCACGCUGCUGCCGGCGCUGCUCGUCUGCGUCGCCUCCAUCGCCGCCACGCUCUCCACCUACAACUCGCUCUUCUACUAGCAUCCACGCCGUAGAACUUCAACUCCUACGGCGACGGCGACGGCGGCGGCGGCGGCGAUCGUCUUUUUGGGCACUUUUGGUUCUUUGCCACUGUGCCGAACUGCCGAUCGAUGCUUGUUUGGAUAUAUUGCUUCGAAAAAUAAAAGUUUACCCAUUGAGUAUAUCAAAUUCAACUAAACCAAAUAAUUUGACGAUAAUUUUUUUAUUAAAAAUAGAAUCGAUAUAUUUAUAUAUAUUGUAUUAUUUAGACAUUUGGAAGCUCCCACUAUGACUAGAGAGAUACAAUCGCUGAAUCUGUUAAAGUAGAUA